GCAGUAUACAAUACGAGAGACACCACACCUGCCAUGAGCGCACGCCGAUAGCAAACAAAAGCUGCAGUCAAAACCUGCAUAUCAGCACCAUUGGCCAAACACUCUCUACUCCCUUCUGCGCGAAGCUGGUCUCCAAGCCCUAUUUCUCUCCAUGGCAGACACCCUCACCACAAGCCCCUCCCGCGCCGCCAUCGACACGGCCCGCCUACAUCUCAGCUUCCUCACUGCGGACGACGCGCCGCAGAUCCACGCGCUCUACAGCGAUGACAAGCCGGCCGCACCAGUGUUCAGCACGCUGUCGACGACCGCAUCGACAAUAACGCGCAUGACCACGUCGCCGCGCAGCUUCGUCUUCACCAUCCGCCUGCUCUCUUGCCCGUCGGAGAUUGUUGGGCUUGUUGGUCUGCACAGCGGUGAGUCGAGCGAGCUCACAUAUCGCCUUGCGCCCGCGCUGCGGGGUAAGGGGCUGAUGACGGAGGCUCUGCAAGCCGUGAUGAGCGAGCUGUUUGUGCGGCAGCCGGAGCGGACGGCGUUGCGGGCGGAUGUGGUGGAGCAGAAUGUUGGGAGUGUGCGGGUGAUGGAGAAGUGUGGGUUCAAGAGGGCCAAGUACCGUGUGGAGGGGGAUAUUCGCAGAGAGCUGACGGAGGGCGAGGAGAGUGAUUUGAAGGCGGCUGCAGCGGCGUUGAUGAGGGAUCUGGGGCCGCCAAGGAAUGUCAGGGAUGAGGUGGAUGGCGAAUUAUUCGUAGAGGAGAGAAGAGGAGUCAAGUGGACCCAUUGGUUGUACAGGCGACCGGCUGAGGAGGGAGAAGGAGGAGGGACAUAAAGGGUCUGUGGUUCGAACAGUGGUCUUUUAACAAAUGGAAGAAAGCUAGUAGAAAGUCCACCAAGGAGAAGAAUCCUAUAUUGCACCAAAAGCUUCUUUCUUGUUGUGGAUAUAUCAACCAAAGCCACUUCAGAUAGAAAUGAAGCCUCAGAGCCUGCUCAAGGCUGGUCAUAAUCAAGAAGACCAA